UAUAUAUUAGUGUUUCUUUCUCUCUCUCUCGCCUCCACAUGGUAGUUGUGUGACUACAGAAGCUCUCUCUCUCACACGCACACACGCUCCAGAUGUUGUAUUUAUGUAUUACUUCGUCGUAGCAUAUUCAUGUGGUGUGUGAGUGUUUUGUGGUUGCAGUCGACUGAUCUAAAUUAAAUAACAUAAAACAAAGGACAUUAACAAUAUCUACGACAACCACUGAAGAACAAUUUACCAACAAAAACUGUAAUCACAACGUGGAGUGGAUUUUUACAUCAGAGGACAUCAUUACGGUCAGUAUGUGUCUCAGUCCUGAAAGCUAAUGGACAAAUUACAUUUUACAGCUUGCAGCAGUUGAUUCUUUUAACACACACACAAAUAGACAGACUACUGCCAUCAGCUUUGGUGCGACCAGCUGUCUUGUAGUCUUCUGACAUUGAGGUUCACUCACUGACAAUGGCUCCUUAAAACAAACACACCUCUCUCCUUUAUUGCUCCACGGUGCCGACGACAUUGCUAUCGAAUCAGGGUUGGCAUCAAAAGGGAUAAAACAUUGGAAAAACAGAUUAUCAGGGACAAUAUGGUAAUAAGGCAGUGAUGGGCUGCUACACACUGGUUGUUGGAUUCUUGGUUCAAUUUACUGCUGAUGUCUGAAUCUGAUGGAAUCAGAUCCUUGAAAUGACUCUGUCGUCAGAAGAAAAUCCCUUGAUUUUUGGUUGUUGAUCCAAUUCUUGCUGUAUGGCUUACAAGAAUGGCAGGUGCCUUGACCACUGAAACUGUUGCUCCCCAAGCAAGAAACAAACCGAAAAAGAACUCUUCCAACAGUUCUGGUCCAGUAACCCACCCAUUAAAUUCCUACCCCGACAUUGUGUCUGGUGAGACCAGUGUCCAGUCACUAGUUGCCGGUCGUCAUCGACCGACGCGGAAUGUCGCUCGAGUCGAUGGCCAAAGACAACCGGCAUCAGAUGUGAUUUCUAGCUCCAAUGGCCUUUCUGUCUACCCUCCAUUCCGUGACUCUCACCAGGCUGCUGCAAGUGCAGCGCCAAAUAAUAUAGGGGCAAGUGGGGCUCAGUUUGGAGGGCUUCAGUUAUCGACUUCGGGAGGGGGGAAUGGGGCAGCAGCAGCAGCAGCUGCUGCUGCGGGAAAUAUUGCAGAUGGGAGAUCAAAUCCUGCUGAUGACCCUGGGCACCAGAACAAUCGGGAAGAAAGUGUUCAUUUACUUGGGAAUGGUCGACUUCCUCCUUUCCCACAGGAAGAUGAUGUUGACCUAGUUCCAUCAAACUGGAGCCCCCAUGAUGAACCUAUGCUUGGUCGCGCUCAGCCAAUAAGGACUCGUGAUCUGCAUGCUGGGGUCUAUGGUGGUGAAAAUGUCAAUACCAAUGAAAUCCUUCCUGAUAUUCUUAACUCACACAUGGUUGGCAGGCCGGUUGCCAUUUCUCGACCUAAUCUGCAUCGAAAUCGCAAUGAUCGACAAGUAAGGACAAGAAACGGUGACCGAAGUGCACAGCGGCAACGUAACCCUGUAAAUCAGCCUUCUCGACCAGCUGCCCGGACAAGGAGCCGAAAUAAUUCCUCACAACAAACAGAUCGGAACUGUAAAGCUCCAUGCUUGAAAUGCUUGACAGCCAUCACAUCUUUCAAAUAUGUGUUGAUUCUUCUCUCGAUGCUUGGCAUUUGUUGUGUGAUAAUUGGGAUUGUACUAGCAGCCUUGCAUGGAUCUGGCAGCAGCUUCCUGUUCUUGGCAAUCAUGUUUUUUGGUCUUGGACUGUUGCUCCUCAUUGUAGUAAUUGUUGGUUGGAAGUUCACCCCCCAGGGGCACGAACCACUUCAUUUACUAUUCGGUUUAGGAGAUCACAGUUUACUCAACCAAGCCCGAUCACAUGGUAUGCAGCGGACUCGAGAAGGCUAUUGGCAUGGAGGAAUCAUGUACCCUGAGUUUCAAUAUCGUCGACCACCACCUUCGUAUGAUGUGUCUAUGCAAGAGUACCAACAGCAGCUACUACAACAGUACCAACAAUCUAUCAACAACACCGAUAAUUACAGCCUACCAAGUUCUCCACCUCCCACCUAUCGGUCACGGGCCAGCACCCUGCGACCGGGAGUUUAUAUGGUGUUCCCACCUAACCCAAAUGAAAGUUACCCAAAUUCUUUACCUCCUACCUACAGGUCGCAAAUGAGCGAUGCCCAUUCUCGGCCGUCACUGCCCUUGACUGAGUGUGACUCUGAGAGCUUUGCCAUAGCAGACCUGUCGGACUUCCAGAACGAUCCCAUAUCUAAUGACACUUUAGAGUCCAAUACAAACUCUAUCAACACUGAUAGUAACUUUAGCACUAUGAACCAUUUCAGGCCCUACCCUGUGGACCAUCAUACGCCAGCGUAUCGUCCUGAAAUAGGGAACCUUACCAUUGAUACCACACCGUCAAUGUAUCCGGGACGCUCUCAAGGAACCAUGACAGACCCCGAAGGAUUGACACCCUGUUCGACCACUUUACCAGCAAGCUACAGAACUGAUGUUCCGUGUGAUAUUCUUACGAACACUCCCUCUUCCCCCCCGCCACUACCAGCACCUCCUGCUGCCGAUGCCCUCAGCAGACCAGAGCUCUUGAGCGAGAGGACAUUCGGUGCAUCAAUUGCAGACUAUUGUGAGAACAGCGGUGUUGCCAUUAGCAACCCUAUCAGUCGAAACUCUACUACUGAGCAUGUCGAUGCUUUGCCAAACUCCGCCACCCCUUCCUCUUCCUCCUCCUCCUCCCCCUCUUCUACUCAAAUAAAAGCUACAGCUGAGACGUGUUUGUGACAGAGCUGAACCUUCAGUGUUUUCAGUUAUACUUUGUUGACAUUAUCAUUAUUAUUAUUAUUAAUAAUAUAAUUAUUAUUAUUAUUUCAUUUUAACCUUUCUGUAAAAGAAAAACUCAAAAACAGAAGAAAAAGCAAAACUUUUAUGUAUUUUUUCAUAUAUAUAUAUGUAUAUAUAUAUGUAUCACACACACACAAACACUAAUUGGCUGAUUUGAUCAAGAAUAGGUGUCUCUUCUCUCUUUCUCGCCCUCUCUCUUUCACACCUCCUCAUAUAUGUAUACACACACAUAUAUAUAUAAUGAGUAUGAGGAUGCUUACACAAAGGUAGGUAGGCACCAGGUUAGUGCUCAGACAGUCUGAAUUCUUAAAAAUCCAGCUUCUCAACCAGAGUAAGGUUCUUCAAAGCUGAAGAGUUGGUGCAAAGAAAGCCUGAGCAAAUGAUAGAUAAUAAAGAGAGAUGAACAAAUGAUCAUAGAUGUAUGGAAUAUAGUUACAGGAGUUGUGGCAUAAUAUUGUAUGAUACAAUCAGAUCUUUACAGUUGUUUCGAUGCAUCUUGUGAAUAGUGGAUAUUAUUAUGCAUAUUAUGCAGUUAGGUAUAAACAUUAUAAGACAAUAUUAUUCAAAAGCAAAUAUAAUGCCAAUAUGCAAGAGCUAUGCUAUAUAAAUACCUUCAUGCGUCAAACACAGUGCAUCGUCUUCAGAAGGUGUGUGAAAUACCAUAAGUGCUUUUGAAUAACGCCUUUUAAUGCUUAUGGCUAAUCAAAUAAUAUGCAUCAUGAUAUCCACUAUUGACAGAGUUCCUCAAAACAGCUGUAAAGAUCUGAUUAUAUCAUGUAAUAUUAUGUAGCAUCUCAUGUAACCAUAUUCUAUAUAUCUAUGAUUGUUCAUCUUUCUUUAUUACACAUACAUCAUAAAUAAAUAUAUAUAUGUAUAUAAAAUAUAUAUCAUUUUAUGCACACACACAUACACACGCAUAUGGGCGCUAUUCCAAAUCAUGUGGUUAUGUCCCUUGAAAUAUUGUCUAUGAAUAUAUAUUCUGCUGAAUAACAUUUUCUGUUUCUUUUCCUCGUAAAGGAAGUGGGAGUUUGGUAAAUGGUAUAUUUAUGUGUACACACACACACGUCUAAUUUAGAGAGUGUUUCAUAAUGAGAACACCCCCACUUUACUUCAAGCAAAAAUUCCUGAACAGUUUUAGAUAUGGGUUGAGGGUGGGGGGCAGUUGCAGAACUGGAACAAGGGCAGACUACUCUGGGCAAUGCAUUUAUUGGGGUGGCACUUUUGCUGUAUAAGUUUGUGUAGGGUGUAUUGGCUGAGUGGGGAUGGGGAAAGGAGAGGGGGUGGUGCAAACUCAAAGGGCUGCUCAGGGUGGCACAUACCCUUUUAGCUAUGCUGCUGAAGUGGGUUCAAUAAGUGAAAAUAAAAUAUAUCAAUGGCUCACCCUCAGACUUGCCGUACCCAAAAUGGUCUCUCUUCACUCAUUGUUAUUGAUUAAGGGGCAGGAGAACCAAAAUAAUAAUAAUAAUAAUAAUAAUUAUUAUUAUUAUUGCCUAAGGAAAUAAAAUAUUUUAAAGGGAAUAAUGAAUAUGUAAAUAAGAUAAAGUGGCAUGUUUUUGAAUUAGUGUUGAAUAAUCUUUCAUUUUAAGUUAUAAAGCUAAAAGAAAACUAAGAAAAAAAAUAUACACCAGACCUCCUUCUCCAUUCCAAAUAAAGUGUAAAAAUAUUUCAAAUGAAAUCAUA